AUGGAGCCGGCGGGGGGCGCGCCCCGGGAGAGCGCCGGGGCCGAGGCGCUGCUGGGCGAGCUGGAGGCGCGGGUGCAGGAGGUGGUGAGGGCCAGCUCGUGGUGGGAGCGCCACGGCGUGGACUGCGCCAUCCUCGCGCUCAGCCUCCUCGCCUUGCCACCCGGGUUCCUGUGCCUGCGCUCUGACAGUCCCCUGGUCUUUGCCCUGGGCAUCACCAUCCUCGGGGUGUGCCACUACACGCUGACCGUCAAGGGCAGCCACCUGGCCACUCACGGCGCCCUCACCGAGUCCAGAGGCUGGAGCAAGGUCUGGACACUUUUCUUUGUGGAGGUAUGCACGUCCUUCACUGCGGAGUACGCCAAGUAUGGACAUGUGAAGAUGCACCACGGCUACACCAACGUGCUGGGCCUGGGGGACUCAAGCACGUGGAGGCUGCCUUGCCUCAACCGCUACGUCUACAUGUUCCUCGCUCCUUUCUUGAUCCCCAUCAUAACCCCGCUGGUGGCUGUGGAGCGGCUGAGAGAGGUGGAGCUCAGGACGGCCCUGCGGACUCUGGGCCUGAUCUCCCUGGGCCUUUAUUCUCAAUACUGGCUGCUCCUGAACAUGUCUGGCUUCCGGAGCCCCGGCUCGGCCCUGGCCUGCAUGCUCAUCACCAGGUCCCUGCUGGCCCACCCUUAUCUCCACGUCAACAUCUUCCAGCACAUCGGGCUGCCCAUGUUCUCCCCCGACAAGAAGCCCCGACGGAUCCACAUGAUGAGCCUGGGGGUGCUUAACCUGCCCCGGUUGCCCGUGCUGGACUGGGCGUUCGGCCACUCUCUCAUCAGCUGCCACGUGGAACACCACCUCUUCCCCAGGCUCUCCGACAACAUGUGCCUGAAGGUGAAGCCCGUGGUGUCCCGGUUCCUCCAUGAGAAGCAGCUGCCAUACAACGAGGACUCCUACCUGGCUCGCUUCCGGCUGUUUCUCCAACGCUACGAGGAAUUCAUGGUGCAGACCCCCCCCAUCACAGAGCUGGUGGGGCUGCAGUGA